AUGACGUCGGCAACAAUCCCAUCAUGCCUGCUGCGGCUUGCUUUUGAGCUCCGACUUUGCUUUUUGCAUGCUGUUGCGCUGAGCACGUCGCUGCUGUCGGAGCUUGCAGGCUAUGGCGUAGCCCGGCUCAUUUGCUUUCCUCCAUUCUACCCAGGCUUCGAGCAGCAAAAGCAGCAGCAGCAGCAGCAGCAGCAGGAGGAGGAGGAGGAGGAGGAGGAGGAGGAGGAGGAGGAGGAGGAGGAGGAGGAGGAGGAGGAGGAGGAGGCGGAGGAGGAGGAGCAGGACCAGGACCAGGAGCAGAAACAGGAGCAGGAACAGGAGCAUGGGGGGCAGAAGGAGCAAAAGGAGCAAAAGGAGCAAAAGGAGCAAAAGGAGCAGCAGCAGAAGCAGCAGCAGCAUCUCCCGUGUCCUUUACUUCGUUCGCCGCCAGCCCAAGCGCAGUCAACCCCCCAGCCUGACCAAGACCUGAGCAUUGGUAUCCCAUUCAUGGGCGACAGUUGUGAACCCUGGUAG